GUUAAAAUAUAUAUAUAAAAAAACCGACAGGCGCUCCACCCGCACAAGAAUAAUCAUCCUUUAGUAAUUUUAUUGAUCAAACAAUGUUACUUCUAUUUGAUGUAUUAAUGAAUAAUCCAAAGGAUUCACUAUUCAAGGUUUAGCACUGAUACUACGUUUGCCUUCUUCAGUCUCUAGUUUGCCAUGGCGACCGUAGUGAUGGAGCAGAUUGGUCGCCUGUUCAUCAAUGCUCAACAGUUGCGUCAGAUCCCUCAGCUGCUCGAGUCGGCCUUCCCUACUCUGCCCUGCACCGUGAAGGCCGACGACGUGCCCUGGGUGUUCCGUGAGCCUCACAUCAUCGGAGGCUACAGGCAGCCGGACCACAGCUGGCGCUACUACUUCCUCACCCUCUUCCAAAGGCACAACGAGGCACUCAAUGUGUGGACCCACCUGCUGGCCGCCUUCAUCAUCCUGGUCAAGUGCCAGGAGCUGUCCGAGACAGUGGAUUUCCUCCGUGACCCCCACGCCCAGCCCCUGUUUAUAGUCCUCCUCUCAGCCUUCACUUACCUGUCGUGCAGUGCCCUGGCCCACAUGCUCAACGCCAAGUCCGAACUCUCCCACUACACCUUCUACUUCCUGGACUAUGUGGGCGUGGCCAUCUACCAGUAUGGCAGUGCCCUGGCCCACUUCUACUACGCCAUCGAGGAGGGCUGGCAUGCCCGGGUGCGAGGGAUCUUCCUGCCCGCCGCAGCGUUCCUGGCCUGGUUCUCGUGCUUCGGCUGCUGCUACGGCAAGUAUGCCAGCCCGAGGCUGCCCAAGUUUGCCCACAAGCUGUUCCAGGUGGUGCCCUCGGGCCUGGCGUACUGCCUGGACAUCAGCCCCGUGCUGCACCGCAUCUACAGCUGCCACCAGCAGGAGAGGGGCUGCUCCAACCAGGCCGUGGCUUACCACCGCUACCAGGUACUAUUUUUCCUGGUGAGCGCCUACUUCUUUGCCUGCCCCCACCCAGAGCGCUGGCUGCCUGGGCGAUGUGACUUCAUUGGCCAGGGUCACCAGAUCUUCCACGUGUUCCUGGUGCUGUGAACCCUGGUGCAGAUCGAGGCGACACGCAUAGACUACAUUGAGCGGAGGCCCCUCUACGAGCAUCUCCACGGCAACCUGGCCCAUGACGCAGUGGCGCUCUUCGUCUUCACGGCAUGCUGCAGUGCGCUCACUGCCUUCUACGUGCGGAAACGUGUGCAGGUGCAAAUGCGCGAGAAAGAGGAGUAGGAGACAUCAGGACAGACAGAUAUACAGUUGAAGUCAGAAGUUUACAUACACCUUAGCCAAAUACAUUUAAACUCAG